AUGCCAGAAGGCAAUCUAGCGUUUCGGCCUAAGCUACAAGAGCUUAGUCAUCUAGCCCAGCAUGGCAUCCAGAUAGUCUAUCUAACAGCAACGCUACCGAUCGCCGAGGAGGCCAAGUUCUUCAGUCUCAUCUAUAGCACCCCCAAGAGCGCCACAUUCUUUCGCUUUCCAAUAACAAGGCCCAAUAUCGGAUACAGCGUAUCCAGCUUCGAUAUUAAAGGUGUUAAUAAUAUAGAUACUGCAGUUACUACUACCAUUCGGGAAUCAACUGAUCAGAUACUUGCACAAUACGCCAGCACGGCCAAGGCUAUCAUCUACUGCCAAACCAAGAAAGCAACACAGGCACUGGCUGAAGCUCUUAGGUGCAAUACAUACUACAGCGACGUAGGCACCGAGGAUAAGAAGGCGCAGCGUCUACGGGACUAA